UUCCUGUGAGUGCGGUCGGCUGGAGAAGGGGAGGGGAUGUGAACGCCGCCGCUGCUGAUGCUGAUGCGAGAGCGAUCUGCCUGCUGUUGUGAUCGGCCAUCACCAGUGGAUCAUCCACAGACGAUCUUUGACACACUAUUGUCGUUUUCUCCGUGGGUUUCGGCGUGUCUUGCGACCGCAUCUGCAUCGACGUUUCUUUUUUUCCGGGGGGACAGAUGCCGGAUAAAGACCUCGUUUCCCCCCUGGCCUGCCGUGUGUCCACAUACAGGUGGAUGAAUCCUGGGAGGUUUGAUCCGCUGGCGCCGCCGCACAACAACACGGAGAAAAACCCCGUCGGUUCAGAGAGCCAGUGAACAUCGUCGUUGCGUGUGGGAAUACGAGGUUGUUUUUCGAUAAAGCAAUGAUGAGGAAGAUAGGGGAGGUGGGGGCGACUGUCUGGCGUGCUAAUCCGCUAACAGGCUAAUUUGGCUAGCUAGCUAGCGUCACUGACACCGAAAAUACGGGAUGCUCGAAAAGUGCGUCGCUGCCAAAGUCACUACGUUAAAACGGAAUUAUAGGCCUGUUAAAUGCGAACAGAUUCGCGGUGAUGCUAGGUUUCGAAUCAUGACACUGGCAGCAAGGACACUUCCCGUCAGCAUCGACUUUGGAUUUAAAAUGAUGAUAACAGUUCGGAACGUUACAUAUCGAUUCUUUUUUGAUUAAGUGGUGUUUUUUUUUACGUCGCUGACUCUGUACGAAUUCUCCUCCGGUCGAUCGAAGGGUGAGACGUUAUUCGGCUGAAGCGCAAGCCUCAUUCAUCAGCCCGUCGUGUUGACAUCAGCCCGAAGGGUUUGGUAACGUCCACCGACGAGCCUGUCUGCUGUUUAGAUGCCGUUUAAAUCUCCCUGUUUGUGCUGGCAGUGUAUUAAUGCAUGUCAUAUGUUGAUUGAAAUAAUCGGUGAAUAAAGUGGAACGAGCAUCGCGUUGUUAUUUAGGUCUACCGAAACCUCUACCUGUUUAAUUGUUAUACUAGUCGGUUUGCCGAUCACCUCGCUUCCCGCUGUUAACGAACGCCACUUAAGUCGAUCGAUCUGGAAGGUCACCACCGAUCUUUAUCGGAGCUACGCAAUAAGUUUUGGUUUAGUGCACAGAAUUCCAAAAUUACAUUUGCAAUAUGCUGUGUUAACCGAAAGAGCAAUGUCGCCUUUCAAAUUAAAGAUUCUAUCUUUGAGGUAAGACGUGACGGGUCAAGUUGAACCAGACGAGAGUCCACCUGUAUGGAAGAUGUGCUCUCAGCCCCUCGAGGGCUCAGCGAGUGGCGAUCCAAACGCCCAUCUCUAGACUUUCUCACUUUAGAUUCGGACAAAGGCACAAUGUUUCCCCCAAACAACAGUGACCAGACUGGUUUGGUUUCGGUAAACAGAGACCAGGACAAUGAUUUAGGGAGCAGGAAAGAGUUUCUCCAGGAAGGUGAGGCUAACCUCGAUAACCUGUUGAGGAGUGCUGGGUAUUUCUGUGCAGAGGAUGUUAUCCAGCUACAAGGAGUCACGCACUCCUCCCCACCGCACCUCCCCAUCACAGAGAAACCAGAGGAAGCAGAAGAUAACGGCGACCGCAGCCUGUCAUGGCUCUUUGGGCCUGGCUCCCCUGACCUCCUGUGGGGCAGCUCACUGGAAGGUCUCCCACAGGAAGGGUCUGUCCAGGACCAGACCGGCCAGGGGGACGAGAUUAAUUUAAUCUCCCUCAGCGUGCCUUCCUCGCCAGGGAAGGAAGUGCCCAGGACUUCGGAGCACAGGUUAUACACGACUACUCUGUUGGAGGAUCUCCUCUCCGGGGACCUGCCGUUCUCCUCUGCCGCGCUCCUCCGCCCUCGUUGUUUGGGAGAGCACCACCCACAGGGUGUCACCCAGGAGCCAGCCGGGGAAGUGGAGGGUGGGGCCUCUCAGUCACCUGAGAGCGGAGCCCCGCCCGCGUCUGGGAACAAGACCCCUCAGAGUUCACCUGAUAUCCACCACCUGCACACUGACUGCGCGAGCACACCACAAGACAUUGCAGACGGAUCCCUGCCUUUAUUGGACUCUGAGUUUCCCGGCUGUCCAGGAAACGGCAGCCUUUCUCCCAUUGGUCCGUCCCCACUCACCUGCCCAGGUGAGCCGCUGGAUUCCCCAGAGGAAAAGUCUGAGGGCGGGCUGCCGGCACCUGCUCUCGUCGACGCACACCCAUCCCACGGCGCAGGUGAGUGUGAGUCACCUGCUCCCUGCUCGCCGGCCCCCGGCACCCCCACCGCCGCCGCCCCGCAACCCUCGGAGACGCGGCCCUCCGAUGAAGGCGUUCCGGCGGUGGACGAGCUACCUGGCGACCCAGGCUCCCCGGAGAAGGCCUGUGGGGUGGGCGUGAUGGACCAGCAGGUUGCCCCUGGACAGGAAGAUGUGGCGGCCGUCGUGGUGGAUCUGUGCUCGAAAACCGAGGAGCCGGCAUGCCCGGCCAUCGGUCCCGCCUCCCCUCUGAAUUUAACGGCUGGCGCUGACGGCGUCACUAGACCCACCACCCCGAACCAGACGGGCCCAGAGUCUGAUUCCGCAGGAUCGUCCUCUCCAGAACCUCCAGAGUGGACUAGCGGUAAAUCCCGAGAGGACCGGAGGUCUCUCGCCAAGAUCGUGGCGCCUGACUCCUUGCCCAUGGUUUCCACGGUUACCCAGAAGGAGGAGAGUGUGUCUCCACUGAAGGCGGUGUUUGAUGCGCUGGACCAAGAUGGGGACGGGUUCGUUCGGAUCGAGGAGUUUAUGGAGUUUGCUGCUGCCUAUGGCGCUGAUCAGGUGAAGGACCUGACCCGGUUCCUGGACCCGUCCGGUCUCGGGGUGAUCAGCUUCGAGGACUUCCACCGUGGGAUCAGCACCAUCGGCAGCGGGGGUCCUGAGCCCCAUCUGUACGACGCACACUACAGCCCAGGUGAUGGAGCGGUCGGUUGUCCGGAGGAGUAUGACGAGCAAAACGAGGUGACGGACAGCGCCUACCUGGGCUCGGAGAGCACCUACAGCGAGUGCGAGACGUUCACGGAUGAGGACACGGGCGCGCUGCUGCAGCCGGAGCACGAGGAGGUGGAGACGGACAGCGGCAUCGAGGCCACGCUGCACGACGCAGAGGACUCCGGGAACAGGUUCUCCCUGAACUCUGAGCUGCAGGACCUCUCCCUGGUGACGGUGAUGGGAGGAGGCGAGGAGGAGCACUUUGAGGACUUUGGGGAGAACCAUGGGGCAGAGCUCCUUGAGGGCGGGGUGGAGGAUCAGGAGGAGGGGCCUGCUGAGGAUGGUGGCCCCGGGGCCCUUCACACCCCCGAGCAGAUCACCUGCUCCUCCCUCAUCAUGUCCCCCAGCUCUGGCAAGCGACUCUCCAGCAAGAAGGUGGCAAGGCACCUGCUCCAGAACAGCUCGAUGACGCUGGACACCGUGAGCGACCUGACGCGAGACAUCCUGGAGCUCGCCGAUAACGACAUCACUGACAAGGUGCUGCUGUUGGAGCGGCGCGUGGCGGAGCUGGAGAAGGAGUCUGACGCGUCGGGGGAGGUGCACGCCCGGCUGCGGCAGGAGAACCUGCAGCUGGUGCACCGCGCCAACGCCCUGGAGGAGCAGCUGAAGGAGCAGGAGGUGUACGCCGAGGAGUGCCUGGAGCAGGAGGAGCGCCGCCACAAGGAGGCGCUCGCCAAGAUGGAGCGGGACCUGGGGCUGGAGCUGGAGAACCUGCAGACCAGGAUGCAGCAGCUGGAUGAGGAGAACAGUGAGCUGAGGUCAUGUGUUCCCUGCCUGAGAGCCAACAUAGAGAGACUGGAGGAGGAGAAGCAGAGGAGUCAGGACGAGCUGGAGGAGGUGCGGAGCGGCUGAUCGAGGAGCAGGAGACGCGCAG